UUAGGGUUUUCCUUUCCAGCAAGUGCACAUAUAUAAUAAUAGAGUAUAAAUAUAUUUGUGUAAGCCUUCUUCUCUCACACUCAUAACUAGCUCUCACCAAAAACUUCACUUCAGCUGCACAGUUUAGAGACUUUCGAAGAGAAAAAUGGAGCAAACUUUCAUAAUGAUCAAGCCUGAUGGUGUGCAAAGAGGACUGGUUGGUGAAAUCAUUAGCAGAUUUGAGAAGAAGGGUUUCACUUUGAGAGGUUUGAAGUUUAUCACUGUUGAACGCGCUUUUGCCGAGAAGCACUAUGCUGACCUCUCUGCCAAGCCCUUUUUUAAUGGUUUGGUUGAGUACAUUGUCUCGGGCCCUGUUGUGGCUAUGGUCUGGGAGGGUAAGAAUGUUGUAACCACUGGUAGGAAGAUCAUUGGAGCAACAAACCCUGCUGAGUCUGCCCCUGGAACCAUUCGUGGUGACUUUGCUAUUGACAUUGGCAGGAAUGUCAUUCAUGGAAGUGACUCUGCUGAGAAUGGAAGGAAAGAGAUUGCCCUAUGGUUCCCUGAGGGCGUUGCCGAAUGGCAGAGCAGCCUUCACUCAUGGAUCUAUGAAUAGACUCAUCUUCUUGAGCUCUGAUACUGAGAUUAUCUUUCUCUUCGUUGUUAUGAUGGUGACUUUUUAUGAAGUUUUAGAGAGUUUUGUCUCCUGAUUAAAUUACUAGUCUUUGUAUGUUUUACUUUGAUGAAUAAUUCAUCUGGAUGUUGAGUGUACUAAGAACCUUCAUAAACAAGUUUUCACAUUGUGGGGAA